AUGACCGCACCAACUGCUCCCCCGAUCCUGGACUUCUCUCCCUUCUACGGGGGUGACAACGAAACAAAGGCCAAAUUGGUAGAGGAUGUGCGCAAGUGCUGCCACUACAAUGGCUUCUUCCAGAUCACGGGCCAUCGUGUGCCCCUCGACUUGCAGCGCCGUGUGAUGAAUUGCUCGAAACGCUUCUUCGAUCUGCCUUUGGAAGAGAAGAUGCAAAUUGACAAAAACCUCAAUACCUUCAACAGAGGCUAUGAGCUCCUGCGAUCGCAAAUGCUCGAAGCGGGCACCGGCCCCGAGCUGAAAGAAGGCCUCUAUAUUGGCGAGGAGAUCCCCGAAGAUCACCCAUACUUCAUCCAGAGGAAGCUGAAUAGUGGUCCCAAUCAAUGGCCACAGACCGUUCCCGGCAAGGAGGAUUUCCAAAAGACAACAAUGGAAUAUUACCAUGCGGUAUUCGAGCUCGCCAAAGACGUCCUUGGGGUGGUUGCAUUAACCCUGGGUGUUGACUCGACUUUCUUCGAGCCUCUCACCGAAGGCGCUGUUGCGACCAUGCGUUACCUCCACUAUCCCGCGCAGCCGAAGGACCAGGACGAGAAGCUCAAUCGUGGAAUUGGAGCCCAUACUGACUUUGGAUGUGUUACUCUACUUCUGCAGGAUGAAGUGGAUGGGUUGCAGGUCUUGGACGUGCCCACUGGGCAGUGGCUUGAUGUGAAACCUGUCGAGGGAGCCUACGUUGUGAAUCUAGGCGACCUGUUCAUGCGCAUGGCCAACGAUAAAUACAAGUCCAACAUUCAUCGCGUGAUUAACAAGUCGGGCCGUGAGAGAUAUUCGAUUCCAUUCUUCUUUAGUGGAAACCCGGACUAUCUUUGCGAGUGCCUGCCCAAUUGUCGUGCUCCGGGAGAGGCGGCGAAAUACCCACCGAUUACCGUCCAGGAUAGGGUAACAGAAGCCUACAAGGAGAGCUAUGGCCGGGCGGAACAAUACAAGAAGGAGAUGGAAAUGCAAAGCCUGGCGUCUACCCCAGCGUUCUAUGGUUCUUCUACUACACACGCAUACCGGCUCAAGUCGGAGUUGAUAGGAAGGUGCAUGGAGGAUAUUGGCAUGGGAAGGUUUCAGUGGAAGCUGUUUUUUGUAACAGGCUUUGGAUGGAUCGUGGACAAUUUUGCCUCCCAAGGUAUUGGAAGUGUCCAGCCUCCUAUUCAGCAAGAGCUCUCGGGCAUUAUCCAUGUCAGCUACAGUUCGAUCGCGUACUAUAUCGGUCUCAUCUUAGGUGCAUCGUUCUGGGGCAUCUCCAGCGACUUAAUCGGUCGACGACCCGCGUUCAACCUUACAGUCCUUAUAGCAGGCACUUUUCUCUGCGCUGUUGCCGGAUCUAUGAACUUCGUGGCCUUUAGUGCUCUCUGGGCGGUCAUUGGUACCGCAGCCGGCGGGAACGUCCCAGUGGGCUCGAUGAUGUUCUUGGAAUUUGUUCCCAGGAGCCAUCAAUAUCUUCUCACUGCAUUGACUGCAUGGUGGAGCCUAGGUCAACUCAUUGUCUCCUUAAUAGCAUGGGUGUUCCUGGCCAAUUUCAGCUGCCCAACAGACACGACUCCAGCAACGUGUCCCCGCCACGAGAACAUGGGAUGGCGAUAUACAAUGAUUACGUUGGGAGGCAUGUCUCUCGUCUUCACCAUCAUACGCCUGCUUGCUUUCAAGCUCCCCGAGAGUCCACGAUACCUACUAUCUCAGGGGCGGGAUCAAGAUGCUGUGGAAGCAGUCAACCAUGUUGCUAGACAGAACGGAAGGCCAGAGCCUUUGACAAUUGGCAUGCUUCGCGAAAUUGAUACUCGGCUGGGCACUACGCCCAGUGACGAUGGAGCACCCGCACGAUUUUCAACAAAGGAAAUGAUCGCCGACAACCUGCGAACCUUCAGGGGUGAACAUUACCGCGCUCUAUUUGCAACAUCACAGCUUUCUAGACAUACCAUAAUUAUUUGGGUAAUAUGGGUAACCAUUGGCAUCGGAUACCCUCUCUACUUUAACUUCCUCCCGUCAUAUUUGGAAACCAAAUUCACAGAGGGCUCUUCUCUCUAUUUAACCUACCGUAACUACUGCAUCACAUCGGCUGUUGGCAUUGUGGGUCCGCUAUCGGCUGCUGUGGGAGUCAACACCACGCUCGGCCGCCGGUAUAUGAUGGGAAUCUCGUCCGUAGUGACGGCCGUGUUCCUUUUCGCCUAUGUGGGGGUCAAUAACUCUACUGCCAGCUUGGCCUUCUCCUGUGUCACCAGUAUACUAGCGAACUUUGAGUAUGCUGUUAUGUUCGCCUUCACCCCCGAAUCCUUCCCCGCCCCCCAUCGUGGUACCGGAACAGGCACCGCAGCAGCUCUCCUGCGGCUUGGGGGCUUGGUGGCCGGUCUCGUUUCAUCUCAGACCGGAUUCACUAGCGCCCCUAUCUAUGCCAGUGCUGCAAUGUGGGUGACUGUGGGAGUUCUCUCGUUUGGGUUACCAUUCGAGACGCAUGGACACGAGGCACUGUAA